UAUCAAAUUUUAAUAUUGUGGAUAAGAUUGAAGUAAAAUUGAUCGAUAUUGGAAGCGAUGAGACCACGCCGACUAUAAAACAAACCCACACUUCCCCCCGCACUCGCAAGGCGCUCACCACCCACACGCCCAAUUCCUCCUCUCUUCAAUUUCUCUCUCGGAACUUCCGACCAUGGAUCCAUACAAGCACCGUCCGUCGAGUGCGUUCAAUUCGCCUUUCAUGACCACCAACUCCGGAGCUCCGGUGUGGAACAAUAACAACUCCUUGACUGUUGGAACCAGAGGGCCAAUCCUCCUUGAAGAUUACCACUUAGUCGAGAAACUAGCAAAUUUCGACCGCGAGAGGAUUCCAGAGCGUGUUGUCCACGCUAGAGGUGCUAGUGCUAAGGGCUUCUUUGAAGUUACCCACGACAUUUCUAACCUCACCUGUGCUGAUUUUCUCCGAGCUCCUGGAGUUCAGACACCAGUUAUUGUUCGGUUCUCCACCGUCAUCCAUGAGCGUGGAAGCCCCGAAACUCUCCGGGACCCUAGAGGAUUUGCUGUCAAAUUCUACACUAGAGAGGGUAACUUCGAUUUGGUCGGUAACAACUUCCCGGUCUUCUUCAUCCGUGAUGGGAUGAAGUUCCCGGACAUGGUUCACUCGUUGAAACCCAACCCGAAGUCCCACAUUCAAGAAAAUUGGCGAAUUUUGGACUUCUUCUCCCACCAUCCCGAGAGUCUGCAUAUGUUCAGUUUCUUAUUCGAUGAUGUUGGUAUUCCUCAAGAUUACAGGCACAUGGACGGGUCGGGGGUCAACACCUACACUCUAAUCAACAAAGCUGGGAAAGUGCACUAUGUGAAAUUCCACUGGAGGCCUACUUGUGGGGUCAAAUCCCUGUUGGAUGAUGAAGCUAUUCGGGUCGGAGGAAGUAACCACAGCCACGCCACUCAGGAUCUGUAUGACUCAAUUGCAGCCGGCAACUAUCCCGAGUGGAAGCUUUAUAUUCAGAUCAUCGAUCCUGCGGAUGAGGACAGAUUUGAUUUCGACCCCCUGGAUGUGACCAAAACCUGGCCUGAAGACAUCUUACCUUUGCAGCCGGUGGGUCGGAUGGUUUUGAACAAGAACAUCGAUAAUUUCUUUGCUGAGAAUGAGCAACUGGCAUUUUGCCCUGCUAUCAUUGUUCCUGGAAUUUACUACUCUGACGACAAGCUGCUCCAAACUCGUAUUUUUUCGUAUGCCGACACUCAGAGGCACCGCCUGGGGCCAAACUAUUUGCAGCUCCCGGCUAAUGCACCUAAGUGUGCCCAUCACAACAAUCACCAUGAAGGGUUCAUGAACUUUAUGCACAGGGAUGAGGAGGUGAACUAUUUUCCUUCAAGGUAUGAUCCUUGUCGGCAUGCUGAGAAGUACCCAAUUCCCUCAGUGACAUUGUCUGGAAGACGUGACAAGAUCUGCAUCGAGAAGGAGAAUAACUUCAAGCAGCCAGGAGAGAGAUACAGAUCCUUUGAUCCAGCCAGGCAAGAGAGAUUUAUUAAACGAUGGAUUGAUGCUUUAUCUGACCCUCGUCUCACUCAUGAAAUCCGAGCUAUCUGGAUUUCAUACUGGACUCAGGCUGACAAGUCUCUUGGUCAGAAACUAGCUUCUCGUAUGAAUGUCAAGCCAAUGAUGUGAAGAUCAUGAGAAACCUGCAGAGCAAGGGCUAUGUGGAUAGAGGUGAUCUCAUGUGUUUGGAAUUCGAGAGUUUUCGUUGUGUGCAAUUUGUGACAACAGACUCUUUUGUGUAAUCUAUGCGACGAUAUACUGUGAUGCCAAUAAAUGAGGGAUUGUUCUACUUAUAAA